AGUCUUAAACGAAUAAUUUCUGAUGAAAACUCGAUGAUAAGGUGAUUGGGAAAUGAUUAUUUUCUGCAAAGUAAACAAAUAUUUGGAUGUGAUUGUUUAUUUAAGCAGUGCCAGAAAAAGUUUAAAUAUAGAUCUGAAAUUCUGAGGAAGGGGAAAUGCAUUAAGGUGGAAGGCGUAUAGGAGAGAAAAUGGCAUUAGAAAUAUAAAAUGGUGCGAUUUUUUGUGUAUUUACUGACUUUCUGGAUUUUCUUACAAAUAUCAGGGAUCUCGUUGGGCUUAAAGUGCUGGCAUUGUAUUUCUAAGGACUGUGAUUUAGAUCCAAGUGAAAACUAUAAGGCUGUAAAGAAGCAGUGCUCUCCCGGGCAAUAUUGUCAGAAAGUAUACUACUCUAUGUACAGUACGAUGGAUAACAGAAUCUAUGAUUCCACAGUGAGAGGCUGUGCUUGGAACUGUCUUCCUAAAAAUGACUUUGAGAACUGUUCUACCGAACUUCACGGAUCACGUGGUUGUGUGACAAAGAACUGCUGUCGAGAUAGUGACCUAUGUAACACAGGAUCACGUGUAGUGACGCCAUCAAAUAUUUUAUAUUUAAUUAUUACAGUCUUAUUAAUGUGUUAUUUGACUUGAAAUAUUUUAAUUAUACUAUGAAGCUUUUUAAA